UUCUGAGGGUCUUCAUUGACUGCAACUCUCACCACUUGGCUUUUGGUGAAAGGAAGCAAAGAAUGAAGCAUUUACAAUGACACCCUCCAGGCUCUUGCUUGUCCUUUCUUUUGUUCAUGGUACUUUGCAGCUGGCGGAUAUUGAAAUAUUUUUAAUUUACAAUAAAGCAAGCAAGCUCUGCCUUCAGGCUUCUAUUGCACAGUCAGUUAGAACGGCUACUUGCCAUCAAGACAAUGAAUCACAAAAAUUCAGGUGGGUCACCGAUCACCAGCUUAUGAGCGUGAAACUCAACCUGUGCUUAGGCGUGCUUUCAAAGGAAGAUCAGGCUGCGAUCACCCUGUAUCCAUGUAACCAAAUAAGUGAGCUUCAGUGGUGGGACUGCAGAAAUGAAAGCCUUCUUGCAAUCCAAGGAGAAGAUUUGUUUUUCAGUCCGGGCAAUGGAGAACAUGAUAAUGUUAUGCUAAAGAAGGGGCUGAGUGCAAAGAAUAAUUGGAAAAUCUACGGAACUACAGAUGUUUUAUGUUCCCAUGGAUAUGAAGAGACCUUUACAUUGCUAGGAAAUGCUUUUGGGGCGCCCUGUGUAUUCCCUUUCAUGUACAAUAAGCAGUGGUACUCUGAGUGCACAGAUGCUGGCAGGUCAGAUGGCUGGCUCUGGUGUGGAACAACUGCAGACUAUGACACAGACCAGCGAUACGGAUUUUGCCCAUUAAAAGAUGAAGACACCACUUGGACUACAGAUCUUUUAACAAAUGUCCGCUAUCAGAUAAACUUGGAAUCAGCUCUCACAUGGCAUCAAGCAAGUAAAAGCUGUCAGCAACAGAAUGCAGAAUUACUAAGUAUCACUGACAUUCAUGAACAAAUAUAUCUUAAAGCAUUAAUGGAAAAUACAGAUUCUGCACUGUGGAUUGGACUUAACAGACUGGACUUGAGGAGCGGAUGGGAAUGGAUUGGAGGCAGUCCUUUCCGGUACUUAAACUGGGCUCCAGGAAGUCCAUCUCCAGAACCCGGAAAAAUCUGUGCAGUUUUGAAUCCUGAAAAGAAAGCUAAAUGGCAAAACUGGGAAUGUGAUCAAAAACUUGGUUACAUUUGUAAAAGAAGGAACUCCACCUUGAUUCUCUCAGGCGACUUUGGGCCUAUUACUUGCCCAGAUGGAUGGGUGCCAUAUGUAGGUCACUGUUACAAGAUCUUCAGGGAGAUCAAAGUAUGGAAAGAAGCUUUGACCUCCUGUCAAAAGGAAGACAGUCACCUGGCCAGCAUCCAUCACCUUGAAGAACACAGCUUUAUAGUGUCUCGGCUUGGGUACAAACCAACAGAUAAGCUAUGGAUUGGACUGAACGAUCAUAAGAUUCAAAUGUAUUUUGAAUGGAGUGACGGUACUCCUGUGACAUACACAAAAUGGCAGCUGGGAGAGCCAUCCAGCACAAACAACAGGCCAGAAGAUUGUGUACUUAUCAAGGGACAGGAUGGCUAUUGGGCAGACUAUGUCUGUGAGAAGAAAGCUGGUUAUAUUUGUAAGAGAAAACCUAUACCUCAAACAGCUGGAGAAAAGGAAAGCACUGAUGUAGGCUGCAAAAAAGGCUGGAGAAGAUAUGGAUUCUACUGCUAUUUUAUUGGACAUGUACCAGCAACAUUUUCAGAAGCAAACAAAACUUGUGAAGGGGAAGAAGGUUACUUCGCCACAGUGGAAAGUAGAUACGAACAAGCUUAUUUGACUAGUCUUGUUGGGCUGAGGCCUGAGAAAUAUUUCUGGCUCGGUCUCUCUGAUGUGGAUGACCAAGGCACUUUCAGUUGGGCCAAUGGUGAAGCCGUCUCCUUCACACACUGGGGUGCAGCAGAGCCUGGAAGGAAGCCAGGAUGUGUUGCCAUGAGAACUGGACGCGCAUCUGGAUUAUGGGAUGUUCUUGACUGUAAGACGAAGCAAAAAUUUAUCUGUAAACAGUGGGCAAAAGGUGCAACAGCCCCACCUAUUCCAACUACAGCUCUGGUCCCCAUGUGCCAUGAAGGCUGGAUAUCAAAUACCCAUAGUAGUUCCUGCUUUAAAUGUUUUCACAGAUCAAAUAUUGAAAAGAAAUCAUGGUUUGAAGCUCGACAUUUUUGUAGAAAAAUAGGAGGGGAUUUGGCUACUGUUAAUAGUCAGGAGGAGAUGCAGUUAGUAAAAAAAGCAAUACGUGACAAUCGCUGUAGCUUUGAAAAGAUUUGGCUUGGUAUAUUUUCCUUGAAUCCAGAUGAAGGAUUUGCCUGGAGUGAUGGCUCUCCAGUUAGGUACACAAAAUGGGAUGAUAGUCCAAGAGAUUCAGGAGAAGACAUGUCCUGUGGCUUAUUUCAUGAUGGGUAUCUUUCUGGUAAAUGGUUUAUUUGGCACUGUGAAGCACAACAUGACUGGGUUUGUCAAAUAAAAAAAGGCUACCUUAUUUAUCUUCCAGAAUAUAAAACCACUGUGGAUGGAUGGGUCAUAUAUGAAGAUAAGCUGUACUACAUCAGCAAAGACAGUGUGUCUAUGGAAAAAGCCCAAGAGUUUUGCAGGAAGAAUUCUGCAGAUCUGGUUGUUGUUAAUAGUAAUAGUGAGAGGACAUUCCUAAGGAGAACUCUAAAAAAAAGAGAUAAAUAUUGGAGUAUGUCUACACCGUACUUCAUUGGUUUGAAAGUGAGUCUUGAUAAAAAAUUUAGCUGGAUAGAUGGGACUCCUGUGACCUAUGUGGCUUGGGCUCCCAAUGAACCCAACUUUGCAAAUAAUGAUGAAAAUUGUGUGGUAAUGAUGUCAGACCUAGGCUUAUGGAAUGACAUAAACUGUGGUUCCUCCAAUAAUUUUAUAUGUGAAAAGCAUAACAGUUCUAUUAAUUCAACUUUUGCUUCUCCAUUGCCUCCUGGAGGUUGUCCAGAAAGUUGGCUUUUUUUUAACAACAAGUGUUUCAAAACAUUUGCUUCCAAUAUAACAAGACAGCUCACAUGGCAUGCUGCACGAGACACUUGUGUAGAUUUGGGAGGAAACCUGGCUACCAUACCAAAUGAAGAAGUGCAAGCCUUUCUCUUUUAUCAUUUAAAGGGAGUCACAAGUGACGUUUGGAUUGGAAUGAACGAUAUCAACACAGAGUCCACCUUUCUUUGGACAGAUGGAAGCGCUGUUUCCUACACCAACUGGGUUGAGGGUGCACCAGAAAAGAAACAAAGUUUCUUCGACUUUUAUGACUAUCUCAAGCUAGUGGACGACACUGUGGAGACAGAUUGUGUCUUCGUGAUAAAGACAGACGGGAGCUGGAGAGAUGAUAGCUGUGACAACGAGAGAGGCUAUAUAUGCCAGAUGAAUUCCCUUGCUAUACAAUCUGAAGUAUCAACAAGAAAUCCAUCUCCUGAUUUUGCCCGUUAUGGUGACAGUAGCUAUUCAGUCAUCUCAUCCAAAAUGCAAUGGGAAGAGGCCAGAAAAAACUGCCAAGACAAAUCAGCAGAACUUGCCAGCAUUUUAGAUGCCUAUAUCCAUUCAUUCCUGUGGAUCCAGAUACUGAAAUAUGGAAAACCUGUAUGGAUUGGUCUUAACAGCAAUAUGACUGGGAGCUAUUAUAAAUGGACUGACAACUGGAAAACUAGGUACACUAAAUGGGCAGCAGGAGAGCCAAAGGAGAAAAAUGCUUGCGUCUAUCUAGAUCUUGAUGGUACCUGGAAAACAGCAUCUUGCAAUGAAAGUCACUUUUCAGUUUGUAAAAUAUCAGAUGUUAUAGCCCCUACUGACCCUGCUCAGCUGCCUGGAGACUGCCCUGAAGCAGAGGAACUCCAAGCCUGGAUUCCUUACCACGGCCACUGCUACUACAUUGAAUCGUCCGCUAGGACUAGUUGGGCCCUGGCUUCCCUGGAAUGUGCCCGCUUAGGUGCUACCUUGGUUUCAGUAGAAAACGUGGAUGAAUCUGACUUCCUGAUGCACACAGUACAACCACUUGGAAACAAAGUAGGAGGUUUCUGGAUAGGACUUUACAGAAAUGUGGCUGACCAGUGGUUGUGGUUAGACAAUGCUGCAAUGGACUUUGUCAACUGGGCAGAGAAAGAGUCCAGUGUGGAGCAUCGCUGUGUUGAAAUGACUGCACCAUCCGGUUAUUGGGAUAACACUGAAUGCUCUUCUGAAAAAGGAUUUAUCUGCAAAAAAACCAAAGUCAAGCCAAGUGGGAGUCCUCCACAUAAGAAAGACAAGGAAAAGAGCGAAGAGACUCAUGCAUCUGUUCAUCUAUCUGUUUGGCUACUGGUUUUCUCGGCCAUUCUCACUCUUCUUGGAGCUGGCAUGUCAAUCUACUACUACAGGAAAAAAAGACAGAACCAACUAUCAAGAGAGAGUGGCAAUGAAACACUUCUAAAAUGCAGCGUCAGUGAUUGAAGAAUCAGUGAGAAUGGGUCCUGUGGCACAUAUCAAAUCAGAGGAACCAGCUGCUUGUUGAAAUUAAAGGAUAUGCCUGUUAAGUCUCCAGUGAGGAUUCCUGUAAUCUUAAAUCAAAUCUCAUUUCUUUUUUUUUUUUUGCAAU